AUGGCGAUUCUGAGAGUGAAAUUCACCAAAGACAAGAGGGACAGACUGGCUCAGGUGCUGUGGAUCCUAAACUGGGUCUCCGUCAUCACCGGUGUCAUUUUGUUCAGCAUGGGACUCUUUCUGAAAAUUGAGAUCCGAAAGCGCAGCGAGGUGAUGGCCAAUCGAGAGGUUGACUCGGUCCCCCACAUGUUGAUAGUGGUGGGCACCAUCGCAUGCGGCAUCAACUUCCUCGGAGGGAAAAUCUGUUACGAUUGCUCGGACACCAACAAGUUCUCUCGUUGGAAGAUGGUGAUGCUCCCGUACAUCAUCUGCACUUUCUUUUUCACGUUCUGCAUCCUGGUGGGAGCUCUGAUGUGUUACACGAUGAGAAAUGAGCUGGAAGAGUCUCUCUAUGUGGGGCUGAGGGAAGCCAUGAAGUUUUACAAGGAUACGGACACUCCGGGGAGAUGUUUCCUAAAGAGGACGGUCGACCAGCUGCAGAUCGACUUCCAUUGCUGUGGGAACAAAGGCUUCAGGGAUUGGUUUGAGAUCCAGUGGAUUAGCAACCGUUAUUUGGAUAUGAGAUCCAAAGAUGUCCAAGACCGUUUAAAGAGCAACAUAGAUGGGAAGUUCCUCGUGGAUGGUGUCCCCUUCAGCUGCUGCAAUCCCAACUCGCCCCGGGCUUGUAUACAGUAUAAUCUGACUGAUAGCUCGGCCUAUUACAACUAUGAUUACCAGAACGAAGAGCUGAACCUAUGGAUGAAAGGCUGCAGGCAAGCACUGCUGGAAUACUACACUGAGAUCAUGCAAUCAAUAGGACUCAUGGCCCUCAUCAUCUGGCUCUUUGAGCUUUCUGUUCUUAUUGGUGUCAGAUACCUGCAGACUGCAAUGGAAAACGUGCACCUUCAGGGUGACCCUGAGUGUGAGUCAGAGGGCUGGCUGCUGGAGAACAACUUUGUGGAAACAGCCAGAACAAAUUUCAACAUCAUGAAAAACCUGCAUAAGGUUGAUCAGGUAUCCACCGUCUCCGGGGCAGAAGACCUCAAUAUACACGACAAUACAGCCGAGUAUGGACCUGACAAAGUCCCACCAAAAUCCAUUGACUAA